CCUAACCACCAAUAGCGAGCGGGAAGCCACUGCGGCCGCCAAUGGGAGGCGGCGGGAGGCGGGAGCAGCGGCGCGGCGGGGCGGUGUGCGGAGCGGUGUGCGGAGCGGUGUGCGGAGCGGCCGGGGCAGCGGAGCGGGGUCCGAGCAGCCGCCGCCAUGUCGAUCAUGUCGUAUAACGGCGGGGCCGUCAUGGCCAUGAAGGGGAAGGGCUGCGUGGCCAUCGCCGCGGACCGGCGGUUCGGGAUCCAGGCGCAGAUGGUGACCACGGACUUCCAGAAGAUCUUCCCCAUGGGGGAGCGGUUGUACAUCGGGCUGGCCGGGCUGGCCACGGACGUGCAGACGGUUGCCCAGAGACUGAAGUUCAGGCUGAAUCUCUACGAGCUGAAGGAAGGGAGGCAGAUCAAACCCCAGACGUUCAUGAGCAUGGUUUCCAAUCUGCUCUAUGAGAGACGGUUUGGACCUUACUACACCGAACCCGUCAUUGCCGGGCUGGACCCCGUCACACACGAACCUUUCAUCUGCUCUCUGGACCUGAUCGGCUGCCCCAUGAUAACCGACGACUUUGUGGUGAGCGGCACCUGCUCCGAGCAGAUGUACGGCAUGUGCGAGUCCCUCUGGGAGCCCGACAUGGAACCCGACCACCUCUUCGAAACAAUCUCGCAGGCCAUGCUGAACGCGGUGGACAGAGAUGCCCUGUCUGGCAUGGGCGUUGUUGUGCACGUCAUUGAGAAAGACAAGAUCACCACCCGCACCCUGAAAGCUCGCAUGGACUAGCCCAGCACAUCCCGCUCUGCUUGGAACUUUUUUAAAAUAAAACUCUAUCUUAGCGAA